AUGAAGUCAUCCGUACUGCUCACUUUGUAUGCAACUACGCUUGCUGCAGCUGUAGCUCAGCAUAAAGAGCCUCAGGCAGUCCUGCAGGAGCCGCAGGUGGCCAUUGAUGAACGUGAUGAGUACCUGAUCGAACUGUCCCCGGGAGAGACCAGAUACGUGACGGAAGAUGAGAAAUGGGCGUUGAGACGGCAAGGCAUCAACUUCUUCGACAUCACAGACACGCCCGACCUCGGCUCGUUGAAUCGCAAGAUAGGCAUCCAAAAAGUAUCCUUCCCUUCCAAGACCGCCCAUAACGAAAGCGUCAUUCCGCUUCUGAAAAAGUUGGAGAAAGACAACAUGCGCAAGCAUCUCGAAAAGUUCACGUCUUUCCACACUCGCUACUACAAGUCGUCGUACGGCGCGGAGUCGUCGGCAUGGCUCCUCGCCCAAGUGGACAACACUUUGAAAGAGACGGGUGCUUUGAAGCAUGGUGCAUCCGUGAAGGCCUUCCCGCAUCCAUGGGGCCAGAGUAGCAUCAUCGCCACUAUUCCUGGGAAGAGUAAUAAGACAGUUGUCAUUGGCGCCCAUCAGGACAGCAUCAACCUGUUCUUCCCGUCUCUGCUGGCAGCUCCGGGUGCUGACGAUGAUGGUAGCGGGACGGUGACUAUCUUGGAAGCUCUGCGCGUACUCCUCCAGUCAGACGAUAUUUUGAAAGGGAAAGCGGAGAACACUGUCGAGUUCCACUGGUACUCUGCGGAAGAAGGCGGUUUGCUCGGCUCGCAGGCCAUCUUCCAAUCUUACGAGAAAGAGGGCCGCGAUGUUAAAGCCAUGCUCCAACAGGAUAUGACGGGCUACGUACAGAAGACCAUCGACGCGGGAGAGCCGGAAUCCGUUGGCGUCAUCACCGACUUCGUGGAUCCGGGCCUCACAGAGUUCAUCAAGGAGGUCAUCACAACCUACUGCGAAAUCCCCUAUGUAUUAACCAAAUGUGGAUACGCUUGCUCUGAUCACGCCAGCGCCUCAAAGGCUGGAUAUCCUUCCGCUUUUGUCAUUGAAUCCGACUUCAAGUACUCUGACAACAAGAUCCACACUACUGAAGACAAGAUCGAAUACCUGAGCUUCGAUCAUAUGCUGCAGCAUGCGAAGCUGACGCUGGGUUUGGCGUACGAACUCGCUUUCGCCAAGUUUGAUUAA